GCUGGAUCGUCAGUAACGUUACAACCAAUAUUAGUUGAUGCACCUGACAUUGAUGAAAUCAAUGACCUUCGACCUGUCCGUGAGUUGCUUCCUGAACGAACUCCAGGAGCCCCCGCCGUGGUACGUGUCGAAAACCAUCCAUAUGCUGGUGUGGUGCCGUCGCGGGCCCGACAGCUCGUCCGAAGUAUGGCGAUGUGUGGAGACGAUGACACGCGAUUACGUCCACCGCCACCAUCGUCAAUGCUGAAAACCUACGCCUCUGUGGCAGCUAUAGGCUUACCUGGAGUGGCUCCACGACAUCGAAAUUCCUCAUCACUAAGUAGAGAGUCAUCUUCGUAUACGGACUAUCCCACGGACCUGACUGAGCCAGAACUUCGUGCAUUCAUUGCUGCAACAUUACAUAAGAACCCACGAGAUCGUGCAGUGAUAUUGCACCUGGAACAAACUUUCAUUGAUCUGCUGAACAAUUUCGAACAACAGUCACUGAAGCUGCCACCGGUGUCAUCAUAUACCCGUAUGUUAAUACAUCGAGUAGCUGUUCUGUUUGGACUCGAUCAUAACGUCGACAACAGCGGGAAACGUGUGGUGGUAUCGAAGACGUCUAAAUCCAAACCGCCGUCUUUUCUGUUCGCAAGCCUCAUUCAAAGCAACGUCUACACUGACAAUCAGAAGUAUGACGGCUCUUGGAACUAUGGAGAUGUACGGCUUGUAGUAAUUUUGGAAGUUUAG